GCAAUAUUGUCACCAAGACAGAGGGAGGCUACAGGUGAUAGCAAUGAAGACACUAAUAUUUACCAUGACCGCGAAUCUCAAGGCUAUGGUGCACUGGCGCGAGGAUCACGCGAGUUGACGGAGCUCACAGCAUCUACCAGACAUGGUUUCGCAUAUUCAGCACCUGAAAAAGUCAAUUUUGGACAUCGCCGCUCAGCCGUGGGCGAGAGUGCUAGAAUGCGUAUGUAUGACACUCGUACGGAAAGCACUCGUGCUGACGGCGAGACGAGUACAGUCACAGGUACUAACGAUCAUGUUGAUACGGUGGCGGAGCAGCAGCCGUAUUGAAUAAGCACACUCAGCAUGCUGAGCUCAACUGACAGAACUGACAGUGUACAUGGCAACUAACACCUACACAGGAUGCUGUGGAUAUUGAGGAUGCUGAGGAGACUGCUGGGGAUGCUGACGUGGCUGCUGUGGAUGCUGUGGAUACUGACGUGGCUGCAGGGCAGGUGUGCAUCAGUGUAUGUUACUGUGUGUGAUCCAUAGCUUUCAAGUCUCAUCAGGUAAGCCGCACCUUGCGUUGGGUUUCCCUGGUUGAGUUCUAACAGUUACGGGAAGUGGCAGGGAAUGGCAGAGAGUGACAGAGAGUGACAUGGUUUACAUGCACAGCUGUACCGCUCCACAGCAACGUUCAGUAGCAUUGAGGAUAUCACUAGUAUCCUGUGGACAAUAACAACAACAAUAACAGCUGAAGACAGUGCACUGUGUUGAGCAAGUCUUGGCCGUCAUCGGGUGGCAUUCACUGCUGCUGCUGGUGCUGCUUACGCUGUUUUGUAACACAGAGCUUAGUGAAGCUGAGAUUCUAUUUUAUCCCCCCCCCCCCCCCCCCCCCACACACACACACAAACUACAUGUAUAUUGCUUACAUUGUUUUACACGUUUACUGCUAUAGAAAGUGAACUAUCAUCUAUCAUCUACCCCGUUUCUUCUAUCAUCUAUCAUCUACCCCAUUUCUGUGUAUAUGUGUAUUGGACGUAGACAACAUCACAGGCUGUAAAUGCAGCUCUGUGUGUAUUUUAGUCAUGGUAUUAACCACCGUGGUAUGAGCGCUGAUACUCGUUUUGUUUUGGCUGUCCUUUGCUCUCUGCUCUCUGCUGUUCGGCUGUGCUCCUCUUACCAGCAUACUUGCAUGUAAAUAAUGCUGCACUUCCAGUUUUCGGUGUUUUUAUUUGACUCUCCAGUUGAUAGUAUGUAUGCGUGAUGAUCUCUGAGACCAACCAUUCGGUUCCCAGGGCCCUGGCUAGGCUGCUACUGCUGCUGCUAGCACUGGGAAAUAAUACUAUUAUAUAUUCUCUGUUAUUCCUAGUUUGCUCUCUGCCAUUUUGCACUCUUAUGCAAUCCUGUCCUGGUUUCUUCUGUUGCUGCAUGGCCAUGUAGAUGACUUACAUGUGCAUAUGUGUGCACACAUGUGUGUGUAUACUAUCCAAUGCCCUGUAUGUGCACAUGUGUGUGUAUUAUCCAAUGCCCUGUAUCAGCACCGCAGUCUCAGGUUUUAGUACCACCAUUCACCUUUGAUCAUUUAUUCUUGUACAAAUGCCGUGAAUUCUGUUCAUGGCGUUCCCUAUCACUGUCACCUGCUUACUGAUGCUAGUAGCUCUGAAUUCCACUACUUCAAGUACUAGUAUAGUACGGGACGGUAGUACUCAAUCAGUACUAUGUCUUUGCAGUCACCAUGAGCUAAUUGGAGCCCCAUCUGAAAUUUGAAAAUUUUACAUCAGAUUCUGCCGAUUCCGUACGUCGUGCCAUUUCCUAUACUUCGAAGUACAUUUUUCCGUUUUACUGUUUUUCUCUUUUUCUUUCUCAGUACUCGCUGCUAUCAUGCUGUAGUAUUGUUGAUGGUCUAUUUUUGAAAAGAACUUUUCAAUUCACA